GGACGGUGAGACUCAAAAUCCGCUCUGAAAUUCCGCACGAAAUCCUCACCGAAUCCUCACCUAAAUCCUCGAACUUCGGUUCUGGGAAAUCACAAUCCGAGCUUUGAUUCCCCAAGCAGACCACCACCCAAAAUCCCAUAUUUCCGAUUCCCGAUCUUCGCAAUCCGGGCGACACUUCCGGCUUUGAGCUUGUCCGGGAAUCGGAAUCCGAUCGCGGCUGUUUGAGAGUCGAAAUUGAAAAGUGAAGAGCGAAUUUGAAAUCGUCGUCAGGAAAAAGAAAGGCGCAUGAGCUGGUUGGGGAAGCUGGGUUUUAUAAAGAGAAUAUCGAAUUUCAAUUCCAAUCACUUCAUUACGUGUCUCUUGAUUUUUAGUCUCCAUUAUUCGCCUCAAUUGCCUCUUUCCUUGUUAAAAUUCGAGAAGAAAGCCCUCGAUCCGUUAUUAUUAAUAUCCAAUCUUAAUUUUAAUUCCAAUUUGAAUUACCAUGGCUGGAGGCAACAGUAACAGUAAUAGUAAUAUUACUCCCCAAUUGCGCAGAGCUGUUUGCAAUUCCAAUGUUGAGAGGAGGCCGACGUCGACACCGACGCCGUCUCCAUCUGUGAUAGUGAUAGGUGGAGGCAUGGCUGGUAUUGCAGCUGCUCGUGCUCUCCAAGAUGCAUCAUUCCAGGUUGUGCUGUUGGAGUCUCGGGAUCGACUUGGUGGUCGAGUUCACACCGAUUACUCGUUUGGUUUUCCGAUUGACUUGGGUGCAUCAUGGUUGCAUGGAGUAUGUAAAGAGAAUCCCUUGGCUCCAUUAAUUGGGAGACUGGGCUUGCCUUUAUAUCGUACCAGUGGUGAUAACUCUGUGUUGUAUGAUCAUGACUUAGAAAGCUAUGCACUCUUUGAUAUGGAUGGGAAACAAGUUCCUCAAGAUUUGGUUACAAAAGUUGGUGUAAGAUUUGAGGAAAUUUUAAAAGAGACAGAUGAGGUAAGAAAGGAACUCUCAGAAGACAUGUCCAUCUCCCGCGCUUUCUCAAUUGUCUUUGAAAGGAAACCAGAAUUAAGGUUGGAAGGAAUUUCCCAUAAGGUACUGCAGUGGUAUUUGUGCCGAAUGGAAGGCUGGUUUGCAGCAGAUGCUGAUACAAUUUCACUUAAAAGCUGGGAUCAGGAAGAACUGCUUCCUGGUGGUCAUGGUCUUAUGGUCAGGGGUUAUCGCCCUGUUAUAAACACCCUUGCCAAAGGUCUUGACAUUCGCCUGAGCCACAGGGUGACAAAAAUUUUGAGGCGAUAUAAUGGUGUGAUGGUAACAGUAGAGGAUGGGAGAUCAUUUGUUGCAGAUGCUGCAAUUAUUGCUGUUCCUCUUGGUGUGCUUAAGGCAAAUACCAUAAAGUUUGAGCCAAAGCUACCCGACUGGAAGGAAGCAGCCAUUGCUGACCUUGGAGUGGGAAUUGAGAAUAAGAUAGUGUUGCACUUUGAGAAGGUGUUCUGGCCGAAUGUGGAGUUUUUAGGAGUGGUUGCGGAGACAUCUUACUGUUGCAGCUACUUUCUAAAUCUUCACAAGGCAACUGGUCACUCUGUGCUUGUUUAUAUGCCUGCAGGGCAGCUGGCCAGAGACAUUGAGAAAAUGUCCGAUGAAGAGGCUGCUAAUUUUGCAUAUAUGCAACUCAAGAAGAUCCUUCCAGAUGCUUCUGAUCCGAUUCAUUUUCUUGUUUCUCACUGGGGAACAGAUAUAAAUUCCCUUGGGUCCUAUAGCUAUGAUAUGGUAGGCAAACCCCAUGAUCUGUAUGAGAAGCUAAGGGUCCCGGUAGAUAACCUUUUCUUUGCUGGGGAGGCAACAAGCGUGGACUUCCCAGGUUCUGUGCAUGGUGCAUUCGCUACUGGAGCAAUGGCCGCUGAAGACUGCAGGAUGCGUGUUCUGGAGCGAUACGGUGAGUUGGAUUUGUUCGAGCCAGUCAUGGGUGAGGAGGUCAUGUCUAUCCCAAUUCAGAUCUCCCGCCUGUAACAUGCAGUUUAUUCUCUCUUAGAGAAGAAUCCAAGUAUUGCAGAUGUGCUAGAUGUCAGAUUUGCUGGCCUGUGUGGAAGUAUUGAGGAAAAUCUUCGUUUUCCAUGGGGUGUAGCAGUCGAGCACUGGUGGAUCUGUUUAUUGAUCUCUACUGUGCAGCAUAUCUGUAGACUCUAGUCAAAACUAUCAUUGGACAAUCACUGAAUAAAUCUUAAAAAAUCUAGUCUGAUAAUAGCUAGUGGAAUGUGGCAAUGGGCAUAUUGAGAGAGACCUUAAAUGACCUUUUGUAAUGAACUGUGAACAGUCUAUCAAGUAUUUUACUACGUUAUUUCUUUUGGCGGGAA